CCUAUUUUCUGAAAAACUCUCAAGAACAAGGCUAGGGUUUCAAUUGGGGCUUCCAAGAUUCAUGCCGAUUUCACCGCGAACUUCACAAAUUCUUAAUCUAAGAAUCAUAGAGCCACUCGCCUCCAGAUAUGCGAAGUUUAGAUUCAAGCCACUUACAGAAGAAAUAAUGGGCAGCCGAAUAUUGCAUACGUGUAAAGAGGAAGGUCUUAAUCUAGAUUCAGAGGCUCUUUCUACCCUCAGUUCCAUUUCUCAAGGUGAUCUGCGAAGGGCUAUAACAUACAUACAAGGUGCUGCUCGGUUAUUUGGAUCUUCAAUAUCAGCAAAGGACCUAAUUAGUGUGUCUGGGGUAAUCCCAAAUGAAGUUGUUCAGGCCAUAUUCUCAGCUUGCAGAAGUGGCAAUUUUGACUUGGCAAACAAAGAAGUGAACAAUGUCAUUGCAAAAGGAUAUCCUGUUUCCCAGAUGUUGUCUCGGGUCCCAGUAUCUUUGUAUCAUCUCAUUUUACAUUCAAUUAUGGCUACAUUUUGUACUAAUAUGCUGCUACUUUCAGUUGUAUGAUAUCGUAGUUGAUGCAGACGACAUUUCUGAUGAACAGAAAGCAAGAAUAUGCAAGAAAUUUUCUGAAGCAGACAAGUGUCUUGUUGAUGGAGCAGAUGAGCGUUUGCAACUUUUGAAUGUUGCAAGCAGCACAAUGCAAGCGCCUAGCAACAUGCCACAGGACAUGGUAUAUUAAAGUUAGAUGGCAACGUGAAUAAUGUUGAAUUCGUAUUUCCUUAUCAACUCUUGGGAAAUGUUAAUCGACAUGUCAUUUCCUUUAUUGGAAAUUUCUUGUUAUGGUUUGCUUUCUAGUCCUGG